UGGGGGCAAAUGUUGUAAAAGAAAUUUGUAAAGUAAUGAAGGUGUGUCUCUUUAAAUUUCGGUUGUGAUUGGCUAAUCCUUUGUAGUAGGCGGAUUACGUCGAAUAUUUGGGUUAUUCUGUUUUAUUGGAUGAUUCUUGCACGUCUGAAUAUGUUAUCUGCUGUUUGGUUGGCUUAUGGUGAUAGUAGGCGGGUCUUGUCUGGUCACGUCUGUAUUUGGGUUCUGUUAUAUGCGCGUGUCGUCAGGUUUGAUUCAGCAAAUGUUUUGCGGUCGCAUGUGCGCUGUCAGAUUUUGACUUUUAUUAGUGUUAGAUCUUACAAUCCCCUCAUAACACCAACUGAAAGAAAACAUGGAAGAAACCCCAUUAGCCAAGUUUCAAUUUGAGCCGGAUUUGAUUGAUAUUUUGUGGAGGCAGGAUGUUGAUUUGGGAGUGGAGCGAGAGAUCUUUGAUGGAUGUCUUCGGCAGAGGGAGGAGGAUGCCAGGAGAGAUGGAGAGAGAGAACAGAAGAGAGCAAGUGAGCUAGAACAGAUUUUGCAGAGGUUACAGAAACAUGACAAGGAGACUGGAGAGCUUUUGCCAAGCCCUUCACCAGUGAACUCCCUGGCUGUGCCCUUCUCAGCAGUGGUACCAUCUACAGUGUCUACUCAGCAUACACCCGUUACGAAGAAUCCCCUACUGUCUACCCUGUUAUUCUCAAAGACUCAGAAGCCCGCUUCUGAGGAGCAUACCUACAGUGAACUACUUCCACUGCCAGACCUACAGUAUUAUUUGGAUCUCUUGGAGUCUGAGUUUCCAAGCUUGCCCUUAGAUGAUAUCACUGAAAUCUGUAGCCACAACAUGUCCGAGCCACAGAGGAAGAAUUCAACAGACAAGAUUCCGACAUUUACCGACUCUUUUGAGGUUGCUCAACUUUUGUCACGCACACCCUCUGAUCCAGUAGACAUCCUGGAAACAUGCAUACAAACAUUCUCACAUACAGACAAUCCUACAGAUUCAGCCUCAAACACAAUCUUCAGCCCUAGUCUCCCUGAGAAUCUUAAUCAAAUGAGUUUAACUAAAUGCCUGCCAAACUCAAGCCAGUCAACCCUCAGUGAGUUUAGCCAUGCACUUACUAGUACAUACACCCUCAAUACCAGCACACUCAGUCAACCUGAACAGUCAAACAGUGUACCAUCAAUUUUACAAUUUGCUGAUAGCCCCGUCCUGCUAGGUUUUGAUGACUCUUCUUCUGUUGGCUCAGUGGAUCUAGAGACAUCCCUAUAUGCUGCUGACUCAAUUCAUGGCCAAUCAGAUAAGGAAGAGAUGGAGACCAGCCAAUCAGAUUACACCGAUCUGCUUCCUUUAUCGCUGCUCUCAGAGGCUGUAGAGGCAACAAUAUACGAUGCGCAACACAGUGCUAAUGAAUAUUUACAAAAUGUAACAAAAAAUAUCACAAACGAACAACCUCAGUCAAACCUCACAACGGGAAGUGGAGGUAUCUGGCAUGCAUGCCGUGACGAACAGCGCGCUCUAGCGCUGGGUUUGCCGCUCAGUGUGCAUGACAUCAUCAACCUGCCUGUGGAUGCUUUUAACAAAACCGUCAACUCCAGUAAAUUCAGCCACACCCAACUUACCCUUAUCAGAGAUAUUCGAAGGCGUGGCAAAAACAAAAUGGCUGCCCAUAGCUGUCGCAAACGCAAGUUGGAUAGUUUUGUUGAUCUCGAGGAAGAGAUUGAGGGUCUGAAGAAGGAGAAGGAUCUAAGGAAAGAAGAAAAAGAAAGGAACACUAGAGAUCUUCGUGAGAUGAAACAGAAGCUCAGGAAACUCUACAAUGAGGUGUUCAGACAGCUGAGAGAUGAACAUGGAAACUCUUACCAUCCUAAAGAGUACACACUACAGCAUAGUGCUGAUGGGACAGUUUACCUACUGCCACGAAACACAGCCAACAAGAAAAAUACAAUGACACAGGAUAUAGCUAUUGCUAUGUAACACAGCUACCUACAGAAAAGCUCUCUUAGGAAGACUUGUUUUUGUAAAACCAUGUGUCUCUAUGUUUUUGGAAGGGUUUUGUUCAUCAAACGCAUUAAAAUGCAUUUGUGCGUUAAAGUUAGUUUUCAGUUCCGCAAAUUUUGUUUGCAAUUUGCUUCAAAAAUAUAAAUCAAUGCACUUUUGCUUUUAUGAUAACUUUUGAGACCAUUUUUGUGAGGUUAAUUAGUCUGAUCAGUUAGCACACAUGAAUAGUGUUUGUAAUGCUGAAAUUGCCGGAGUAAGACCGCAUUUGUAUAACAUGCACUGAUGUACCUGUCCAUAAUUCUAGAAACUCUCCAAUAAGACAAUCCUGUUAACCUCAAACAUAUUCAUGGGGAAAAACAUGUAACUCAUUCAUAUUUUUACACCAUGUACUUUACGAUCUAUGCUUCUAAAGUUGUGGACUAAAACACCUCUCAAACGAUUAGACCAUGCCAUCUCAUGAAGAGAAAUUAUGCAAGUAACUAAACACUGCUGAUGUAAAGCUGUAAAAUACAACAGCAAAUUAUUGAUUUUGGAAAUCUGGAAAAGAAAAAUGUAAACCUCUUCUUAACAAGAAUAAUUCACAUCAUCUUUUUUUUUUUAGACAAAACAUGCAUAUCAGUUAAAAUGUGCUUCAUGGCCCUUUUAAGUGACUUUUUUUCAUGCAAAGUUUAAUAUUUUGAUUGUGUUCUUAAAUGCAUUUAAGCAACAUUAUGUAAAAAUGGUAUAGAUUAGCCUACUCAAAUGCAUGUUACAUCAAAUAAGUCGGGUCAGAGGUUAUCCAAAAGUAAUCGUAUUAGAUACAUGUCAUUUGUAAUCAGUACCGGAUUAGAAUUCAGAAGGAAUCUACCCAGCACAGGCACACAAAUGCUAUACACUGAAAAAUGUGGUAAUCUGCAAUUGUUUCAUUGGUUUAACCUGAGGUGGAUAAAUUGUGGCAUUUAAAUUUUAGUUUCCAAGAGUUUCAAAAUAGGCAGAGAUUGUUUAUUAACAGUGUGAAAAAGCUGAAGUACUGAAUAAACUGAAUAUCCAUACCAUAUUUCUAGCUGGAAUACACCAGCUUCUCUGAGGGCUGUCUAAGAUACAUAUUCAGAACUAAUAUCAGUUGGAACAUGUAUUGGAUAAUGUACAGUGAUCAGGGUGUUGCAUCACCCUAAAGUGAUUUAUUUUGUGAUAAUGACCGGUUUACUGUAGAUUAUCACAAUUAUUACACAGCUACUUACUGAAUAAAGUGCACAAAAAAUAUUCAUUUGAGUUUAAUGUGAGACGAAAGAGGCUGUUGAGAGUAAACUAGCAUGUGUUUGCCUAGGACAAUUGUCUAUUAUACAGUUUAAUAUUAUACAGCAACAACAUUAAAACCACCUGCCUAAUAUUGUGCAGGUCCCCCUCGUGCCACCAAAACAGUGCCAACCCGCAACUCAGAAUAGCAUUCUGAGAUGAUAUUCUUCUCACCACAAUUGUACAGUGCGGUUAUCUGAGUUACUGUAGACUUUGUCAGUUCAAACCAGUCUGGCCAUUCUCUGUUGAUUUCUUUCAUCAUCAAGGCAUUUCCAUCCACAGAACUGCCGCACACUGGAUGAUUUUUCUUUUUGGCACCAUUCUGAGUAAACUCUAGAGAAUGUUGUGUGUGAUAAUCCCAGGAGAUCAGCAGUUACAGAAAUACUCCAACCAGACUGUCUGUCACCAGCUACGGUCCAAAAUUACUGAGAUCAAUUUUUUUCGCCAUUCUGAUAGUUGAUGUGAACAUUAACUGAAGCUUCUGACCCGUAUCUGCCUGAUUUUAUGCACUGCAAUGUUGCCACAUGAUUUGCUGAUUUUGGCGCAUGGAUGAUUUUUGGUGCCAGGCGGGCUGGUUUGAGUAUUUCUGUAACUGAAACACAACAGUCUUGUUGAUGAGAGAGGUCAACAGAGAAUGGCCAGACUAGUUCGAACUAACAAAGUAACUCAGAGAACCGCUCUGUAUUGUGGUGAGAAGAAUAUCAUCUCCGAAUGCUAUUCUGAGAUUCAGGUUGGCGCUGUUUUGUUGGCACGAGGGGGAUCUACACAAUAUUAAGCAGGUGGCCUACAUUUUGUGGCUGAUCAGUAGUUAUCCCCAGAAUGCUGCGAUUGACCAAUCAGAAUAAAGUAUUUCAGAGAGUUAUGUAAUAUAUAUGGGUGUUUCUUAAACUUUGCGCACUUUCAUGUACCUGUAGUUGAUUUUUAGUAAAAAGUAGGAGUUGACUAUUUGUUGUGUUAUGUUCUUAUAAAAACUUAAUUGGAACCUUUUUACCAGGUUUCAAUUUAAUUUAUUUUUGUUCAAAUGCUUUUAUGAAUAUAUUUUUUAUUGUUUUAGCCUUGUACCAGUCCCAGACGUUUAAUAUUAAACUAUAUAAAUCUAUUUAAAAAAGACAAAUUAUGACUUGUUUAAAACUAUGAGUGAAAUAAACAUAAACCAUUUCAAUAUUUGUGUAAAAAAAAAAAAAAAAAUCUAAAAACUGUUACUGUCCUACUGUGUAAUCUAUUUCACACCUAACAACUUUGUCCCUAAUAAACUUUUUGCAAAAUUGGUGUA